GGAGGAUAUUCUUUCAUUAAUCAUAUCAAAGAGAUUUUCAUACCCUGAAAUUCAGUUUGGACAUUAUGUUUACCCCUUUCAGCUGCGGCAAUUUUAGUCAGGUAGAUGAUCAUGAUGAACCUGUUUCUGCUGGUCCAUAUUCGACCCCGAAAAAAUCAAGAACGAGAAGAAGCACCAGUUUAUUGCAUAGAAGCAAUAGCAGGGACAACAAGAACCCCUAUGCAAAUGUUGGCCGUGAGAAGUUUGCCGCGGUUAUGGCCGAGCUUGAAGAGAAAAGGCAGCAGAUCUAUGCACAAACAGGUUCCCAAGAUGAAACCUUGGUCCAUUUCGUGUACAAGAAACCAGAUGACAGUGUUCCUGUGCCUAUUGUGGUUAUCCUGAAGGACAAGAAGGAUGACAAAACCAAUAGCGGUGGUUGUAGUCCUCAUCGAGAUGAAAAGCAUGUUGUAAGUACCACUCAUACUACAGAAACUGCCUUAGGUAAUAAGUUCAAGACCAUUCAAGAAGUCAAGAAACCCGUGACGGCUUCUGAUAAAUUAACUAAGAAAAGGGUGUACAAGAAGUGCUCGGACAUGUGGAUGAUGCCUAGUUUUUAUCUUCCGGUAGCUGUGAUCUUCAUUCUGUUUUUUUUGGCCGUGUUUGGGAGAUCUAUUGCGAUCUUGUGCACCUCUCUUGGGUGGUACGCAGUUCCAACGUUGAAAGAAUACCAGAGCUCAAGUACUAGUCCAAGAUCAAGAACAACAAAGAAGAAACACGAAGUUAGAAGAUUGAGUAGUGACAAGAAGAUGGUACCUGAUCAGGGAUUGUUAUCUCUUCCGAGAAAAUAACAUGAUGCUGGGUCAGCAGAGAGGCUGGUGAUCAUUAUUGACUUUGAGGUUUCUUGAUAUUGCCAGGUUUGUAGUUUGAACUAGCUAGCUAGUUUGCUUAGGAUUUUAAAUAUUUGUUUGAUUCGUUUUGGAAAUGUAAAUCACAUACAUUGAUACAUAUAUGAUAGGAUCUAGGUGUAAAUGAUCAAUUGAAGGUAUUUAGAUGGUAAUUUGAGAGUACCGGAUGUUAAA